CGCCGGUAUAUCGAGUACUCGGACUUCGUAUGUGUCUGUAACAGCACUUAUUGCGAUGACUUCCCACCGAUAGUGCGGCCAAAAGCCGGUUAUGUAUUGCUCUAUGAAAGCAACAGAAACGGCGAUCAUUUCAAAGAAAGUUCACUUAAAUUCAAGUCAUUCAAUGGAAACAAGAAUUGUGAGAAAAAUAAUUGCCUUAAAAAGGGUAAAGAAAAUCAAAUCAUAAUAUCUGUGGAUAAGAAUCAUAAGUACCAGAAGUUGUAUGGCUUUGGUAACGCUUUUACCGACUCAGCCGGUUAUAUGUUGAGUUCAGUCGACCCAUCCCUGGCCACCGCUAUAAUAAAUAGCUAUUUCUCUGCAAAUGGUAUUGAGUUUUCCUUCGGAAGGGUUCCCAUCUCUGGUACCGACUAUUCCCUGCGUCCCUAUACUUAUGAUGACGUCUAUAAUGACUAUAAAUUAAAAUACUUUUCACUACAAAGAGAGGAUUUUGAAUGGAAAAUACCAUACAUAAAACAAGCACAGAGUGUCUGUCCGCAUACACUUAAGCUGAUUGGCAGUAACUGGAGUCCACCCGUUUGGAUGAAACAAAUUGAAGAGUUUAUAGCUUUCAGUGAACUUAAAGGUGAAGUGGGCGGACAGUACUAUCAAAUUUUGGCCAAUUAUUAUGUAAAAUUUCUUAAGGCAUACCAAAAGAAUGGUAUAACAUUUUGGGGACUGACCACUGAAAAUGAACCGGUUCAAGAUCAUCACGGUAAUAAUUUAAAAAUGACCCCUGAG